UCUUGUACCUCUCUCUGGCUGUUAUCGUUCACAUUAUCUACAUAAUUGGGCAAUUUGUACAGAGUCUCUGGUUGGCUGCCGACGUACAAGACUAUAGUGUCAGCAGAUUGGAAUUGAUCUUAGUUUACACUUUGAUUGGGUGUGGAAUGUCGAUCUUCUUGAUCGUUAGAUCUUAUUUUGUAGUUGUUUUAGGCCUUAAAACUUCAAAAUCUAUUUUUUCCAAGUUAAUGACAUCUCUUUUCCGAGCUCCAAUGUCCUUCUACGAUUCAACGCCAUUGGGAAGAAUUCUCAGCCGGGUAUCGUCUGAUCUGAAUAUGGUGGACCUUGAAUUGGCAUUCAAGUUCAGUGUGAGCAUAGGGGCAACGAUGAACACAUAUUUUAGCUUCUGCGUUUUGGCUAUCAUCACCUGGCCAAUCUUGAUUGUCAUCAUACCCAUGGUUUAUGUUACCAUACUCCUACAGAGAUUCUACUUUGUUUCUGCAAAGGAGUUGAUGCGAAUCGUUGGCACAACUAAGUCUUCACUUGCAAGCCAUCUUGGUGAAUCCAUUGCUGGAGUAGUGACUGUUAGAGCUUUUGGAGAGGAAGAUCGAUUCUUUUCAGAGAACUUGCGCCUUAUUGAUGCAAACGCGAGUGCAUUCUUCCACAAUUUUUCAGCAAACGAGUGGUUGAUCCAACGCCUAGAAAUCCUGUGUUCAAUUGUCCUCUCCUGCUCUGCGCUUGCAUUGACUUUGUUCCCACUCGAAGCUUCUAAAUCAGGAUAUAUUGGAAUGGCUCUAUCAUAUGGUCUUUCGCUGAACUUGUUCGUAGUUGCUUCUGUCCAAAGCCAGUGCAUGAUAUCGAAUUUGAUUAUUUCUGUAGAAAGGCUAGAACAGUACUUGCAUAUUCCUAGCGAAGCCCCUGAAAUAAUAGAAAGCAAUCGACCUGCAUUGACCUGGCCAGAAGUUGGUAAAGUGGAGAUCUGUAAUUUGAAGGUUAGGUAUCGGCCUAAUGCUCCUCUGGUGCUUCGAGGGGUCAGUUGCGUGUUCGAAGGAGGGCACAAAAUUGGGAUUGUUGGAAGAACCGGUAGUGGGAAGACGACUCUGAUCAGUGCCUUGUUUCGCUUGGUGGAGCCUACGGAGGGAAUGAUCAUUAUUGAUGAUCUAGAUAUAAGUACGAUCGGGCUUCAUGACCUUAGAUCACACUUUGGGGUCAUUCCACAAGAUCCAACUCUCUUUUGUGGUUCUGUGAGAUUCAAUCUAGACCCGUUAUCAGAACACACUGAUCAGGAAAUAUGGGAGGUUCUUGAAAAAUGUCAGCUUCGAGAGGCAGUUCAAGAGAAACCAGAGGGCUUGAACUCUUUAGUUGUGCAAGACGGAUCAAAUUGGAGCAUGGGACAGCGACAGUUAUUUUGUUUGGGACGAGCGUUACUGAAGAGAAGGAAGAUACUGGUUCUUGAUGAAGCCACUGCAUCAAUCGACAAUGCAACCGACUCCAUCAUACAGAAAACCAUUCGGACAGAAUUUGCAGACUGCACUGUCAUCACA